GGUGGAGAGAAAGAGCCCACAAACUAACGUUUUUGUCGAUUUGUCUCGUAGCAAAUUUCCAGACUUUUAAGAAACCUCCUUUGCCUCUUUUAUUUAGAAAUUAAUAUUAAUAUUUUAUUAAAAUGGCAGUGUCUUCUUGAGUAAUGUUAAUGAUUUUCCGACGUAGAAGGUAUACCAUAUUCCUUUUUCUUCUCAUUCUAGUUCUAAUUUUAUACAUUUGCUCCCGCAAACCCAGAAAGCCUAAAUACGGGAGGUUUGCCGGUUUGCAAAAUGAGACACUACUGCCAAACUCUGCUCGGGUCCCAAUUUACCACACAAACUGCAUUUCCAUCCUGAACCAGAUGAAGCUCCCCGUGCCAUUUUUGAUUAUUGAUAUCGAUUUUUUGAAAAUGUUGGAUAAAAAUUAUUGCAAAUGGAGUUCGGAUGAGGUUUUAAAAGUUGCUGUAAAUUCAAAAUACUCUCCUAUAAACUAUUCAAAUUCAAAAUUGGACAUAAUUUUCUACGAAAACGACUCUGCAAAGGACUACUUGGAUUUAAAAUCAGAAGUUCGAAGAUUAAUACCAAAAAAAUUCCAGACUCACUGGGUUGAGAAUAUAGAAAUUCCCACAAAUAUCAAACAGUUCACCGAGUUUUGGAAGCGCUCAAAGUUUAUUGAUUGUUUGAAACUAGAAGUUCCGAGAGAUAAAUCUUAUGUCUUCAUGCCAGCUGAACCAGCUGUCGAGGAGCUCGCCCAGCUCCGCGAUGAGCUCAUCGAGUUUGACAUGUACCCAUUCCUUAACGGCGGAACAUUUCUCGGCUGGUACCGUGAGUGCUCUAUCAUUCCGCACACUACCGACAUGGAUUUAUCGGUCUUUGCGAAGGAUUAUAACCCAAUCUACGUGGAAUUACUUCACAGCUACUGGAAUCCGUCUAGUUUCGAAGUUUGGCGAAUGCUGGGCAUGGUUGAGGAUUCUUUCGAGAUCACUAUACAAACGAAAAAGUGGUUCGAGUACCCAAUUGACUUGUUUCUAAUGUAUGAAGGAAUCGAAAAUGGGAAACUUACCCAUCAUUGGGUGGGCGGAAUUGCCACCGACGGCACCAAAUACAAGUUCACCUACCCUAUCUACGAUCCUUGGUGUGCAGCGGAUCUUCACGGUCAUAUUUUCUGGGUCUCCUGUAAUCCACUGGAGAAAAUUUUGGCAGAGUAUGGAGAAGACUGGAAAAAGGAUCACCUCUCAUCCGAGUACAGAUGGAAUUAUUCGCAGAAAAAUGUGCAAACAAACGGGAAAUAUACAGCGGAGCAGAUGAAGAUGCUUUAUAGAAAGGCUACAAUCGGGUUCCGUGCUGUACACAGAGCUUUAAACUCAUUUAUUUCUAGGAUUCCUAUUUUAUAAAAUGAAUAAAUUUUUUGGAAGCAGCG